UAUUGCCUGUGGCUGCUCGGGUCCGUGAGAGAAUGGGCUCGAUCCCGUCCCUCUUUCUAGAACGAGGUUUCGAGUUUCACACAUUUCUCUUACUACCUGCUGUACCUACUGCCCCCCUCACUCUCCCCAAAACCCUUUACCCAUUUCUCGUCGUCCCACAUCAUUGUACUCAAACUGGCAGAAUACGACCGUACGUAGAAAUGCCAUGUUUGCGCUUUGCCUCGAUGAUCGAAUGACACCACGCCAGCGCGUAUGAUGUACUUGCUGUACAAAACGAUAACCCGAGCGACGAUACCACCGUUUCCCAUACUACCGCGCGACAUCGACCCCUCUGACGAUGUUGUCGAUAACCACGACAUUAGCGCCAUAAUCGUAGCAUCAGUGGUUCCGACAACCAUCAUAUCUACGUUAUUCGCGUUUGCGCGGCUGUACGUCAAGGGAUGGGUCCAGCGCCGGAUCCAAUAUGACGACGGGAUUCUCCUGGCAGCGGUGGUGGCGGGAUGGACGGCGACUGGGACAACGCUAAAGGCCGUCGCGCUCGGCAACGGGAAACAUGUUAAUAUGCUCACCGAUGAGCAGAAAGAAGAGACACUGAGAUGGACGAUAUUUUCAUUCGGCUUUGGAAUCAUUGCGCUAGCUUUGCCGAAGCUCGCCGUAGUGGCGCUGAUGAACCGAUUACUCAACCCGAGACGACUUCAACGACUUUUCCUCUGGACACUGGGCUUGUUGUGCUGCGUAGGAUUAUUAGGAAAUGUGAUUGGGCUCUUUGCGGAGUGUCCGCAAGAAGCUGUGGUCAACAUCACGUACACGAAAACCGCCUGUCUAGGCCCAGAAAGAGCGGUUGCAUACUCAAUAUCAACAAGUGGCAUAUCCGCUGCUACAAAUGCUUACCUCGCCAUCUACGUGGCAUUAUCCGUUCGAAGGCUGAAGAUUGCACGAAGAAAGAGGCUAGCUAUUACGAUUUCUCUUGUUCUGGGUCUACUGUUAGUCAAGCCGGGGACGACAUGCCUCUUCAGCACGACCUGGAGACUCCAGUCUCUGAACCGUCUAUAAGAUAAUGAAGAUAUUGGAAGCUAACUUGUACACUAGUGCAUUGUUUACCGCCUUAUUCAAGUGCACAAGACUAAAGUCCCUAGGAAGCCCCGACUUCACUUGUGAGUAGGACUCUACUUCUAGUUGGCGUACGUGAGGGCUGAUUAUUGGAUACAGACGACUCAGCCGACCUUGUGAUAUGGACCAGGUAAGGCAUCGAUGAUACUACCCAGGAAAUAUCUUGAAGAACGAGAUGAAGGCUCAAAGACUCUUUGAGGUUGAUACGCAAGUAAAUCAAACAUCUCUGACGUCGAAUGUAGUCUUGAGGCAGACGUCGUCAUUAUCGCCGCGUGUAUUCCAGCCCUACAGCCUCUUGUCGAUCACCUCUUCCCAGGGCACUUCUCAACGCCGAUGCCAUCUCCAACUAUCCCGGCUUCACCGACCUCUACCGCCUCGAGAAGGAAGCUAUGGCCUGGUCCCACAUGUGGUGACCUCGAGGCUGCAAGAGACUUUAGCCUUUCUCCACAGGGCCUUGAGAUGAUCAUGGUCGAGAAGGAAUUUGAGAUUGCCUACAGCAGAACUACAGUGAAGAGGUCCUGCACAUCCGACACAUGGGUUUCGGAAUUGCCGGAUGAGGAGAAGUUCAGGAUAGUAAAG